AUGAGAUUCUCCCGACUCCAUUUGGACACCAAAAUCUUGGCAUCCCACGCCAAACCACUCCCCAACGCUGACCCAGUAGUCGUCCCUAUCUAUCAUUCCUCAACUUAUCGCUUCAAGACCAUCGCCCAAUUUGAUGAGCCCAACCAUGGCUCAAACUUCGUCUACCGUAGAUGCGGAAAUCCGACGACGGAAAACGUGGAAGUUGUGAUAAAUGAGAUUGAAGGAGGCGCCGGUUCCCUGUUGUAUAAUUCGGGUCUCGCAGCGAUUAACGCAGUGUUCUGGGAGUUCUUGGGUGCUGGGACCCAUUUGAUUUGCAUGAGUCCAAUUUACAGUGGAACAUCUUCUUUUAUAAACGAGACUUUGAAACGAUUCGGG